AUGCUUUAUUAGUACUCGGAGUCGGUUUACUAACUGACUCGUGGAAGCGGUCAGUCGUGUUUUGUUUAUUAAAUAAGCGCGACCAAUAUUAUUUUGUGCAGAUUCAGAUUGUACUGCGCUCGAAAAUGCGACGAAAAAUCCAAUUCUUUCUGUGCUGUAAACUUAUCAUCGGAGCAUGGUGUAACACUAUUGACGGAGUAACUACAAAAGCAAAUUCCUCAGAGGCUCAAUUUCAACCAAAUUAUUUGGCAGACUCAGUCAACAAUUUUGGGUACAAAUUACUUUUAAAAAUGAUGGAGCAAAACGAGAAUGAAAACAUCGCAUUGUCUCCGACCGGUAUUGCUGGAUUACUGGCAAUGACACUUCUCGGUAGUGUGGGAAGUACAUACGACGAGCUCGCCACAAGCCUCGGUUUUUCUCAAGACAUAUUGGCCAAUCGAAACCACCACGAGCAGUUUGGUGAGCUGCUUCAACAAUUGAAUGAUAAUGAAACGAACUCCAAAACAUUAUACGCAGAUGCCAUGUUUGUUGAUUCACAAACCCGGAUCCGGUCCGUUUUUAAAGAUUAUUUGACGACCGUGUACCACGGGGAAGCCCGCGGUGUCAACUUCACACAAAAGAAUGAAGUUAAACAAAUGAUAAAUGAGUGGGUCAAAGCGCAAACGCAGGCAAAGAUUGAAGAUUUUUUAAAACAAUCACUACCAGAGGCAACAAAGGUGGUAUUGCUAAGCGCUCUUUACUUCAGCGGACAGUGGGCAUCACCCUUUAUCCCGGAAUAUACAUUUAAGAUGCCGUUUAAGAAACCUGAGGGCGAAGUAAUGGCCGACCUUAUGCUUAAUUUAGGAGACUUCGAUUACAUUUUCUCUGAAAAAGACGGUUUGCAUAUGAUCGCACUACCGUACAACGACUCUACGACCGUUAUGUACGCUCUCAAACCUAGAUUACCGAUGAAACUAAGCCUUUUUGAUCUGAUGAAAAAACUAGACUACAAUAAGAUUGACGAACUAAUUAAUAAAAUGAACGAAAGAAAGGCUGUUGUGCGAUUCCCUAAAAUGAACUUGGAGAGCAACGUUAAUCUAGACAAAGCACUGAAAGCUGUCGGAAUCAAGUCUAUGUUCAGUCCCGACGAAGCUAAUUUUGCUUUGAUGAUAGAUUCGUCUGAUGAUAAAAAAGAAAACGAGGUAGUUAUUAGAUCGAGAUUCGGUCACGAGCAGUCAAGAAUGUUAAAAGACGCAUUGAACAGUUUACCCAACCCGGGAGUGUACGUCGACUCCGUGUUACAUAACGUCAAGAUUACUGUUAAUGAAUUCGGGACGGAAGCUGUGGCGGCGACGGCCGGGAUAUUGGCGCGAUCAGCUGAACAGUUCUACGCGGACUCCCCAUUCUACAUAUUCAUUCGAAACGAGAAAACCAAACUAGUGACCUUUAGUGCCGUCGUAUACGAUCCUACGAUAUAGAAACAGUUCACUACCAACAAACUACUUAAUAAUACAUAUAUUUAUUAUAGGAUAAUAAUGUUUGACGCUAUAAAGUUUUGUCGCUUGUUAAAUAAUAAACUUGCGGGUACUUUUCAUUAUUUAGAUCUUCGUUUGAAUGGGACUUUUUGGCGGGAACGCGAGGAGUGCAGUUGUGUGAUUUGUUUUAUUUUGUCUAUUUCGUGUUUCUUCGGGUUUAAAUGUGUAAUAAUGGUGGUUU